CAUGCGUGGCCCACCUGAUGAGAGGACCUUCCUCAUUUUUGGGCCACACAUGAUGAAAUACUCAAUUUCACUCGUACGAAUUGGAUUCGUUGUCCGUUUCUCUUCCUCCGCAACGAAACCAGAGAGGCCGUGUUUGAAGUUCGAUUGGAGACGCGUCAAAGCCGUCUGAGAGGAGGAAUAACAAAAUCAAACCUCUUGGAGAAGAGAUCCACAAAAACAAACGCACGUGCGCGCUGGGAAGAUGUAUCUGAAGAAGGCCCUGUGGGCCCCAACGGAGGGGGAGGACGGCGUGGAUCAAUCUCCACCGUCACCGGCCGUAUCAGAGCUGGUGUCAUCACUCAACAGGCAGAGGCUAUACAGGGAGGUGACGCUGGCCCUCAGAACGGGCCUCCGAGAUGCAAGGGCCGACUUCUCAUUCCUCAGAGUCCGCGGCCUUCGCAACAUCCUCAAAUUCCUUCGGUCCGUCGCGGAGUCCGAGGCCACCAUCCGUCUCUUCCUCGAUACUCAAUCCAUCCCCCAACUCCAAGUGGUUCCUGUUCUCUUUCAGAAUACAUUGAGGCAAUCAAAAAGUGACCCUGUUUUGAACUUGGAUCAUAUAUUCAGUGUGGAGCCUAUGCAGAUAACUAGCCCUGCAACGGACUGUGAAGUUGCCCUUGCUCUUAGAGUUUUGGAAGGAUGUUGUCUACUAAACAGGGAGAGCACUGCUUUAGCUCAUCAACAAAAGGCCAUAAAGGUUCUUCUAAAUAUAUUAUCAACUCAUGGAAUACUUGAGCAAGGUGCAUGCUUAGAUGCCUUAAUCUCUAUAAUGUUGGAUUCAUCAGCCAAUCAGAUGGAUUUUGAGGCAUGCCGUGGAAUUGAUAAAAUUGCAGAGCUUAUAAAAGAUAAGCAGGGGGAUGAAAAUAUAAGAUUGAAAUGUGGGGAGUUUUUGCUGCUGCUUAUUGGACAUGUAAAUGGAAGGGACAGGUCCCCCAUGGCAACCAUACAUGAAGACAUAAGACGACUUCUGGGUGAGAAAAGCGCGUCGCUGAUAUGGGCUGCAAGCCAGUUUGGGUCAACCCUGGACCCAGAGCAGAGACUGACAGCCCUUCACAUCCAGGCUCGUAGGGUGCUCGAAUCCUUGGAACUGUACUGAAACUGUACUGAUAAGGGGAUCCAUGCAAUAUUAUAGGUUGCCUUUCUUUGUUUUUGUGCCUCAGCUGUAAAAAUAACUUCCAGGAGCUUUAAUGGGACUGUAAUCUGUUUUUGACAUUCA